CUUCCGCCCCGCCCCCCCCCCCGCGGUCCUAGCGCCCGCCGCGCCCGCAGCGGAGCCCCCCCAGGGGGCCAUGGAGGAGCGGCAGGAGGGUCCCGGCGGCGCCUGCGGGGGCCACCACGGAGCCGCCCCCGGCCCACCCUCCUGCGUGAAGUCGGGGAGCGGCUACAAGUGCCCCACCUGCGCCACCACCUUCCCGGCCCCGCCGCGGGCCCUGCGCGGCGCCCGGGCGACGGCCCCCGCCGCCCCCCGGAGCGGCCCCCCAGCGCCCCCCGCCCCCGGAGGGGCCACCACCAGGUCCAGAAGCGCCAACGCGACCAGGUCGAGGGGUGCCGCCGCCGCGACGGAUGCGCCCACCCCCUCCGGGGCCGCCGCCGCCGCCCGGUCCAGGGGUGCCCCCGCCGCCGCCAGGUCCAGGGGUGCCCCCGCCACCCGGUCCAGGGGUGCCCCCGCCACCCGGUCCAGGGGUGCCCCCUCCGCCAGAGGCGCUGCCACCACGACGGAGGCAUCCGGAGAGCCCACCCCCACCAGAGAUGCCGCCACCGUGGCGGACACAUCCAAACCAGCCGGAGGUGCCGCCGCCGCCCCUCCCCGGUCCAGGGGCGCCCCCGCCACCCGGUCCAGGGGUGCCCCCGCCACGAGGGCGGCAUCCAAAGCACCCGGAGAUCCCACCGCCACGACAGCCGUGGCCGAAGCCCCCGGAGACGCCGCCGGCAGCGCCACCUCCCCGACGGACGCGUCCGGAGCACCUGGAGACGCCGGCGCUGCGGCAGAGGCUCCCGGCGCCGCCGCCGCCAGCGCCACGGACGCGCCCUGCUCCGCCUGCCCCCGCCCCGCUCCCCCCUUCCCCUGCGCCGCCUGCCCCAAGUCCUACGGCACCCUCUCCAAGCUGACCAUCCACCAGCGCGCCCACACCGGCGAGCGGCCCUUCUCCUGCCCGGAUUGCCCCAAAUCCUUCGCCGACCCUUCCGUCUACCGCAAGCACCGCCGCGGUCACGCCGGGCUGCGUCCCCACCGCUGCAGCGCCUGCCCCAAAGCCUACGCCGAGCGCAAGGACCUCCGCAACCACCAGCGCAGCCACACGGGCGAGCGGCCCUUCCUCUGCGCCGAGUGCGGCAAGAGCUUCGGCCGCUCGUCCUCCCUCGCCUGCCACCAGCGCAUCCACGCCUCCCGCAAGCCCUACGCCUGCGGCACCUGCGGGAAGGCCUUCACUCAGCUCUCCUCCUUCCAGAGCCACCAGCGCGUCCACACCGGGGAGCGACCCUACCUCUGCCCCCAGUGCGGGCGGAUGUUCUCCGACCCCUCCAGCUACCGCCGGCACCAACGCGCCCACCAAGGGGUGAAGCCCUACGGCUGCGGGGAGUGCGGCAAAGCUUUCCGGCAGCCGGCGGACCUGGCGGUGCACCGGCGGACCCACACGGGCGAGCGGCCCUGGCGCUGCGGGGAGUGCGGCAAAGCCUUCGUGGCCUCCUGGGACCUCAAGCGGCACCGGCUGACCCACACGGGCGAGCGGCCCUGGCGCUGCGGGGAGUGCGGGAAGGGCUUCGGGGAGAGGGCGGCGCUGGGCAAGCACCGGCGGACGCACUCCGGCGAGAGGCCCUACGCCUGCGGGCGCUGCGGGAAGGGCUUCGGGGUGGCCUCGGGGCUGCGCAAGCACGAGAGGACGCAUGGCAAGCGGGAGGCGGGCGGCGGGGACGGCGCGGCCGCCGGCGGGGGGGCAGAGGCGCCCACCGGCGCGGGCCUCAGCGUGGCCGGACCUUUCCUCAAGAUGGCUGUCGUGCCUGGCCUCGGCGCGGCUGGAAGCGCUCAGGGCACGGCCACCAGGCUGGGCCAUGACCUGGCUGCUGGAGCUGGACACAACGUGCCCGCCGGGGCUGGCCAUGGCAUCGCCGCCAGCGCUGGGUGUGACACGGGUGGUCAGCCGGGCCACGUUAUGGCCACUGGCGUUGGCCAUGACACAGGUGGUCAACCGGGCCAUGUUAUGGCCACCAGCGUUGGCCAUGGCAUUGCCGCCAGCGUUGGCCAUGACACAGGUGGUCAACCGGGCCACGUUAUGGCCACCGGAGUCGGCCAUGACACAGUUGGUCAACCAGGCCACGUUAUGGCCACCGGCGUUGGCCAUGGCAUCGCCGCCGGGGCUGGGCAUGACACGGGUGCUCAACCAGGCCACGUUAUGGCCACUGGCAUUGGCCAUGGCAUCGCCGCCAGCGCUGGGCAUGACACAGGUGGUCAACCGGGCCACGUUAUGGCCACCGGCGUUGGCCAUGGUAUGGCCACCAGCACUGGGCAUGACACAGGUGGUCAACCGGGCCACGUUAUGGCCACCAGCGUUGGCCAUGGUAUGGCCACCAGCACUGGGCAUGACACAGGUGGUCAACCGGGCCACGUUAUGGCCACCGGUGUUGGCCAUGGCAUCGCCGCUGGCGCUGGGCAUGACACAGGUGGUCAACCGGGCCACGUUAUGGCCACUGGCAUUGGCCAUGGCAUCGCCGCCGGUGCUGGGCAUGACACAGGUGGUCAACCGGGCCACGUUAUGGCCACCGGAGUUGGCCAUGACAUGGGUGGUCAACCGGGCCACGUUAUGGCCACCAGCGUUGGCCAUGACAUGGGUGGUCAACCGGGCCACGUUAUGGCCACCAGUGUUGGCCAUGACAUGGGUGGUCAACUGGGCCACGUUAUGGCCACCGGCGUUGGCCAUGGCAUCGGCGCCAGCGCUGGGCAUGACACGGGUGCCCAACCGGGCCACAAAGUGGCUGCCGGAGCUGGCCACAAUAUGGCCACCGGACUUGGCCAUGACGUGGCCCACAGAGCCAGCCACAGCACGGCUGUCCAAGCCGGCUCUGAGGUGGCCGCCGCUGCUGGGCGGGGCGCGGGUGCCCAGCCUGGUCACGACGUGGCCGCCGCCCACGGAGCCGGCCACGACGCGGUGGCCACCGUGCGCUGCGUCGGCCUCAACGUGGCCGCCCCCAUUGGAGACCCGGGGGCGUGUCUGAUGGAUGGGGGUGUGGCCACACCCGACCACACCUCCACAGAGCCCCGCCCCUUCGCCUGCCCCCUCUGCCCCAAGCGUUUCGGGGCCCGGGCGGGGCUUCGCAAGCACCAGCGCCGUCAUGGCCACGCCCCCUCGCCGCAGGUCACGCCCACCCAGGGCCACACCCCUGCCGGAACAUCUUAGCCACGCCCACACGGGCGGCCACACCCUGGGCACUCCCCAUCCCCACCCCCUUGGUGCUGGGGGGGUGGGUGGGUCUCUCCGGCCACGCCCAUGUCUGAAAAGGGGCGUGACUUGGGGGCGGUUCCUUCUGUGGCCCCACCCUUUUCUCUUCCCCCUUGAGUGUUAAUGGGAAAUAAAUGGCCGAGUCAGCGC